AUGGGGAUGGAGCGAUUGAGUGAUGUCAUUGGGAUUUACGUAUCGGUAUCGUAUGUUAUUGCAGUGUAUUUAGCAUCUAAAAACGUCAAUGACUUUAAGAUUAGAAGAAAUGACCCUAAUGUGAUCAAGGCCAGGAUGAAAUCAGUCACUUUGUUGACUCUCUUGAACCUUAUUAUGAUUCCAUUGGUUCUGAAGUAUCUCAACGGUGAUGAUAUCAAAAAUACCCUACUACGUUUCGGAUUAGUACCAGGGUUUUUGAAUAAUCCAAAAACUGGACUACCUGAAUGGAUUCCCAGAGGUUACUUUAAAGACGUUGUAUCGCACAUGAAGUUAGCGGCUAUACUAUACACGUCUCCUCUGAUAGAUUCCUUCCUACAUUACUGUUUCAUGCCCGACAAGUCGUGGAAUGAUAUGUUUAAGGACAUUAUCUACGAGUUUAGCAAUAUCUGGGGUUUCAGAGACUAUAUAUUUGGACCAGUCACCGAAGAGUUAUUCUACACAUCAAUGAUCCUAGUAUGCUACUUGAGGUUAUGCCAUAACUCUACUAUUCAUGAUGCGAACUACCUGAAAUUUGUAGUACCUAAUUUGUUUGGAUUCGCCCAUUUACACCACGCUUAUGAACAAUAUACACUCGGGAUGAUGAACUUUAUUAACAUCGUAUUUGUAACGCUUCUACAAAUGACAUAUACAUGGCUGUUUGGAUCAUUCACAAACCACCUAUUCUUGAACAGCGCUGGUAACCUGUUAUCCUGCAUUCUCAUCCACACUUUCUGUAAUUUUAUGGGCCUACCCCAAGGAAAUUCAUUCUCAAAAUCGUAUUCAAUACUACCAGAAGGAAAGAAAUCAAGGCUAGGCACAAUGGCAUCAUUAAUAUGGCGUUUACUAUACUUACCAACACUAAUUAUCACAAUCGUAGCCUUCAAGAACAACUUCUCAUCGCUAACAAGAUCCGAUUCUUUUCCGGCCCUAAUUUAA